UAAAGUUUUUGCAUCCUGGGCAGAAUAAUCGAUAUUUGAAUCUGAAAAAAAAAGGAUUUUUGUCUGUCUUGCGUUUUAAAUCAUCAGAUUUUUUGUUCUGAAAUUUUACCAAAGAGGAAAAAAGAAAAGUUUAUUUUAUGUGGUCUAACGCUUAUUUCUUACCUCCGCAAGGAAUGUAUUUUCCGGGUGUCCAACUCAUGGGUGUACGAAGGGACGGUUCUGGAUUUGAGGUAAUUGCCCCAUCAUCCAGACCAGUUUUACAAGCUGGCAUGAGCCCAUUUCCAACACAAUUUACGCCAAACCCUCAAAAUGUAGGUCCUACUGUGACUGUAGCAGUAAAAAACUCAAUGACAGAUCCUCUGGCAUCGUUAAAGCCUGAUUUAAAUACUCAACAGUCAAACUCAAUACAUAAUGCUGUAACAGAAUUUGUUUCCAAUCAAGCAAUAACAACAAAUAAUCCUACAAUACCUCUCACAGUAUCCACUCCGACAGCCAAUAAUGAACAAGUGAAGAGUACAGAGGCCACAGCAGACACAAAUUUAUCUAGUGCCAAUAUUGACGCCAAAACUUCAUCACAAUCAGUCACAACGACUUCAUCAUCUGGAACACAAGUGUCACAAACAGAGACAGUCAUCACGACAUCGAGCAAUUCUACAAAUGCAACAAAUACUUCAUCUUCCAUUAUUUCAGAAGCCAAAAAUCAACCAAAGCGUCUUCAUGUAUCAAAUAUACCAUUUAGGUUUAGAGAUCCUGACUUAAGAGCAAUGUUCGGGCAAUUUGGACCAAUACUUGAUGUUGAGAUUAUUUUCAAUGAACGAGGAAGCAAAGGUUUCGGUUUUGUGACAAUGCAUAAUAACGCAGAUGCUGAGCGAGCACGUGAAAAACUACAUGGCACUGUGGUAGAGGGACGUAAAAUUGAGGUAAAUAAUGCUACUGCUAGAGUACAGAGUAAAAAAGUUGCUACUAUUCCAAAUGUUUGCGUACAAUGGCCUCCUGAUGCAACUGCAGCGGCAUUAAGAGGUGUUACAAUCCAAAGUGCUAGAGCGCGUGCCAGUGCUGCAUUCCCGACAGCUAGAACUUUCCCAAGACUACCAACGCCUUUAAACAGUGCAGCAGCAGCCGCAGUUGGUCAACUUCAUGGAUAUACACCGGUAUAUUAUGAUCCAUUUUUCAAUCCAGCGGCAACAGCUCAUCAUCAAAACACAGAUCCUGCGUUAAGAUUACAAGCCGCAACUGCUCCCAUGAUGAAAGCUCCGAUGGCACAACCUCAACAAACGUUUCCAACAGCCGCGUUUACUCAAGUACAGGCUCGAUCUUUGGGAGCAGCUGGAUUAUCUCAAGUACAAGCUCAAACGCAACCAUUAACUGCAAGCUACGCAGCAGCCUCGCUUGGAGGAUACAGCAGAGAUUUCGCAGAAGCGUAUCUUGGCCAUAGUAUCGGACCUAUUCCUGGGUUUACUACAACUAUGUACCGUAAUGCAGGAUAUAAUAGAUAUGCGCCAUAUUAACUAUAAAACUCAUAGAAUAGUUAUACAACUUUUAAAACCCUCUAUUAGAAAGCUAUUAAUUUCAGCAUGCAUUCAACAUUCGUGUGUUAAUGAAAUUUAAUGAUAAAUUUCAUUGAUCAUGUUCUGUAAAAAAAAGAAUUGUAUGUUGAGGAACGUAUAAGCAAGCUUCAAAAUGAGGAAAAUAUUAUGAAAAAGAAGAAAAUGGGAACUACAUACAAAAGAGAUAAACUUGGAGAUUUUAUUAAAUUGGUAUUAAGAAAAUGCGAUAAAGUGUUUUUGCUCUUCAAAAUUUCGUAGACAGUACCACAACAGAUACCUUUACACACAACAGAUGAAAAAUUAAAAAAAAACUUGAAUAACAAUGCAUCACUUUGAUUUCGUCAUGUAAUUUUUAAGACAUAGUGUUUAAAUCCGUUUAAUUGUUCCUUAUUUUUUUGUUCCCAUCUCUCUUUCUCUUCUUUCUUAAUUCUGACCAUGUAUAAUUAAUUAAUUAAGUAAUCAAUUGAUGAUUAUU